AUGUUGAUACCUGGAAUAAACCCGCAAAUCUCACUAAAUUUCCACUUAAGGCACUCCACCACUCAAGAGGUGGUUCUCCCAAGGAUCCCAUUUUGUUUUCCUAACGAAUAUAAGAAUUAUUCUCAUGUAAAGCUGGGCACCGGGAAACCACGGCAGCAGAAGGAAGUAAAGCCUGAUCAUGCGUACGCCAUCGCCAAGGCCGAAGAGCUACAGGAUGAGCUAGGCUCCGACUACCCGACCUUUGUCAAACCCAUGCCACAGUCUCUUACCUCGCUGCAUAUCCCGGCACAGUUCAGCAUGGAGCAUCUCCCGGACAAUGGCAUGAGAAUGGUUUUGGUGGAUGAGGAGGAGGAGGAGUUUAAGGUGAGCUAUCGUCCACACAGUAGCAGUCUUGUCGCCGGGUGGAGCGAGUUUGCCAUCGACAAUGAGCUAGUUGAAGGUGAUUGCUUGGUGUUCCAGCUGAUCAAGAGGGCAUUGUUCAAGGUCUACAUAUUCAGGGCAAGUUCGUACUAUGAAAAUGAGCAUUAAUGGAGCAGCCGGCAGGCUCCUGGUUGCUUCAUGUCAACUUGUGUUGAACUAGCACAGUUCAGAAAUCUGCACUAUCUCAGCGGUUAGUUAUGUAUGUAUGGCUACUGUCAGGCAUUAUUAGAAUCUCUCGUGUGAUUGCAAGUCGUAUGGUAACUGUCGGCAUCUUGUAAAGUUUGUUGAUUCGUUAUGUGGACGAACAAUUUAAAUGGUGUUGUCGUUUUGUCAA